AUGGAACGACCGUGUAUGUUACGUGAAGAAGAACAAGAGCCAGAAGUACGGAAAAGGGAGGGAGAAACCAAACAAGUAGGUGAUGAUGAUGAUGAACUGAUCUUGGUUGGAGUGGAAGAUGUAAAUGAAGAUGCUGACGUGAUCUUUGUUGGGAUGACCUCAGCUUCAAAACCAGUCAUUUCAAACAUACUGAACAGAGAUACCCCAGGUUCUUGUUCAAGGAGAAAAAGGUAUGGUCACUUCAGGAAAGGUAACGCUCACAAAUCACAGCCCGUUAGUCAUGUGACUCCUAGCUCAGAAGCGAAGACUGUCUUGCCAGUUUCUGACUCUGAAUCAAGAUCAACAGAUAGUCCUAUUAUUAUUGAACCUCCGUCUCAAGCUGAUUUGAAAAAUAUUUCACCACAGAUAGUGCCUAAUUGCUUUUCAAAGGAGUUAUGUUCUUCUUUGAUUACCUUCACAAGUUCAUGUCAGCAUCCAGUAGAAAGAGCAGUUUCUGCAGGAGAUAUGAAUAAAAGUCCUCAUGUAUCAAAGCGACGUUCCACUUGUGAAACAAAUAGCAGAAAUCCCAGAAGGCCUAAGCUCAGUGAUGGCAUUAUAGGGGAACAUUCUUUAGGUUUUUCCCCUUCAGGUAUUUUUCAUACAGUGCCCACUCAGCAAAGCACACCAGACCGUGUCCAUAACUCACUAAGCCACGCUCAGAAUGGAGAACCUUGUCCGACACCUUUUCCAAAGGACAGUGUUCAUUGCAAGCCUGUAAGACCUUUAGGGGAAAAUGGACUGACAAAAACUGAUUUUCCAAGUUUAGCAAGUCCAGACAAGAUUGUUGAUCCCACAGAAGGAAAUCUGAUUGUGUUACUUCGUGACUUCUACUAUGGAGAGCAUAUAGGAGUUGGGCAGCCAGAACCGAAGACCCACACAGCGUUUAAAUGCCUCAGCUGCUUGAAAGUUCUAAAAAAUGUCAAGUUUAUGAAUCACAUGAAGCACCAUUUGGAACUUGAGAGGCAGAGAGGUGACAGCUGGAAAAACCACACCACCUGCCAGCACUGCCUCCGCCAGUUUCCUACUCCCUUCCAGCUGCAGUGUCACAUUGAAAGUGUCCACACUCCCCAGGGGCCCUCCGCAGUCUGUCAAAUCUGUGAGUUGUCCUUUGAGACAGAUCAGGUUCUCUUAGAGCACAUGAAAGACAAUCAUAAGCCUGGUGAAAUGCCCUAUGUAUGCCAGGUUCAGUUACAGAUCAUCAUUUUUUGCAGAUGUGGAUGCACAUUUCCGAGCAUGCCAUGGUAA